UUUUUCGCCUUGAAUGCAGAAAGUAUGUAAGUAAAUGUGUCAAAAAAUGCAAAAAUUCGUCGAUAUUACCUGACGACGAAUCUACAGAAAUUUCAAGUUUACAAACAAAAUACUUCAUUUCCUCUUGUAAAGGCUCAUUCAACUUGCAUAAUCGCAUUACAUGUAAAUUAAGGAACUUGACCAAUCAUGUAUCUAAAAUCUAUAUCAGACUGAGAUUGAGAAUUAUAAUUGGAUGAAUUUAAAUUUCUGUGCUGCUUCAGUUGAUUGGUCCGAUGGCAAACCUUAAGAUCAUUCUACAUUAGUUGCAAGUUGCGAGCCGGCAAGAAAAUUAACUAAUCACAGUCGAUUAUUCUUGCAAAAAUCCACUGUGAUUGGUUAAUUUUUUUGUCGACUCACAACUUGCAACUAAUAUAGGAUGACCUUUAAGUUACAGUCUGAUACGAGCUUAACAAAGAAUUGUUGCACACAUUAUGAUUGGUUGGUGAAUAUUACGCAUUAUGCAAUUACGAUUUUUUUCCUGAAGAAGCCAUGACACUAAUCAGUGCAAUAAAUAUUAGGUCUGUUAAUUUUGGAAGAAUUUUUUAAUUAGUGCAACAAGUGUAAUUACUCACUUUAAUUAUUGCACUAAUGCAGGAAUCUUCGCAAACUAAUAGAUCUAUUAAUCGCAGAGCUGCCACCUAUAUGCGCGCCAAAAAUACAAUUUUGGAGAAUUAUAUAUAUGUGAAGCUUGUUCUUGUUCACGAUUGUUUUGGGCGGUCUUUCGACACUUGCUCUGACACCAUUUAAACUAAAAUUUGAGAAGUAAUCCUCGGAAAGGGACGUUCCAAAAAAUUCACGAUUUGAACGUGUUCGAAUACGUCUCGGCGUGACGACGGUUAAGCCGGAGCUAUAUAUGUGAAGAGUUGCAUAUCAAGAGUUGCGACGUACUCCAACGCCGAUAUGCAAAGUGAACGAAAUCAAGCUGUGUUUCGAAAAGACGUCAAAGUUGUCUUGACGAGAGUCGAAGAAGUUCUCAAGAGUUGGCAGGACAAGCUGCAAAGUAAUGCUGCGUCCCAAUUUCCAGAAUAUCAUGGAUCAGUACAUGGAAAUGUGCAACAGCAGCAACGAUGCAUAGAACUGGAGCGCGAAAAAUCAAAAAAGACUGCAAACAAAAUGAAGAACAUGGUUUACUGGUUAAGUAAACGCGAGGAUCACUAUAAGGCGUCUUUGGACAGUUUGGAAAAAGAGAAUAAAGAUUUGCGACGUGAUUUACUUAACAUGCAACGUGAACGCGACCAGGCUGAGCUCACGAACAACGUUAAAGUUUCCAAAUUGCAGGAUGAAGUCGAACUUUUACGAGUACAAUUAGAACAGCUAUACAAUGAACACAAACAAUUAAUAUUGCAAAAUGAACAACACAAAAAUGAAAUUUUUAAAGAGAAGAACCUUUUAGAAAAUGUGACUGCGAGAUUGUUUAAGGAACAAAAUGUAGCAAGGAAAAGUAAAAUAAGGAUCACAGAGACGCAUCCUGCUUUAACAGACGAAGGUGGAGAGCAAAAGAUAAAUAAAUUACCUGGAUUGAAAAUCAGUAAUAAAAGGAGAAAAUUAUUUCAAGAGGACAAUGAUACUGCAGUUGAUAUUAUUUAAAGAAUGUCCACACAUUGAAUUUGAGAAAAAAAUAUUGCGUACUGGAAUUCAUCUCUUGUUCAUGAACCCAGUUUUCUAUUUGCUAAUUCGACGAUUGAGAGAGUUCCAGCUGUUUGUGUAGUCAAUCUUCAAGUGACCAUACGUGUUUA